GCUUAUGCACCAAUAAAGUUAUUUUCUCCCAAACAAUCCUUUAUUUUAUUCUUCUUGUUCAUCUUACAACAUUAUGCCAAUACCUUCUACUUUUCAAACUACUCAAAUCAAAACUAAACCACAACAGUUAAAAGAAACGUCAUGUAUUAUGCAUGACGCUAUAGAAACCAAUCUACUUUGUAAAAAGAGUUCAUUGCUUCAUGCCAGAAGAGAACAUGAAGACAAGCCUGUCAGUAUUUCAGAAACAAGAUUGCGUCCUAUAAGCAUGACGGGUCUUUAUGCUGGCUCCAUGUUUCAUGGUACGCAGAAAUGUGGAACAGCCAGUUAUGAAGUCAAUGUGGAAUUAUUACAUGUUGAUAUAAAGGAGAGCACUUUAUGUGGUUAUCUCAAGAUCAAGGGACUAACAAGUGAGUUCCCCGAAUUGACUACUUUCUUUGGGGCAGAAAUCAUUGGUCCCAAGCAUUCUUUCCAUACUAGGAAAUGGCAAGCAGAUCAACAGAGUGAUUUAUUGCAUUGGAAAAAAUUCCCUUCAUUUAAGCCCUAUAUAGAUGUGUUUAAUCAAGAUAGUUUUGUAUUUGACAGUACAAAAGCAGAUGAUGAUUUUAUCUAUAUGCGCUGGAAAGAAUUGUUUUUGGUGCCUAACCAUCAUGUCAGUGCCAUUCACGGUGCAAGCUUUGCUGGUUUCUAUUAUAUUUGCUAUCAACGCUCUACCAAUCGUAUCAAGGGCUUUUAUUUCUUUCGCCAUCAUAAAGAUUGGUUUCAAGAACUUACAUUGGAUCAUGUCUCUGAUCAUGGUUCUACAAGCUAUGAAUUCCGUUAAUUUCAUAUCUAUAUACCACUUUUUUCUUUUGUUUAUAUAUAUAUAUGAUUACACAAAUAGUACAUAUUGUUCUAUCAUGUUAAUUUCACUGUAGAAUGAUAUAUAUAUAUAUACACUUGAAAUUCAAACAAUCGUUACAAUGAUACCAAGCAACGGAUAAAGCGAAAUAAAUAAUUUAUUACAAAAAUAACUUAAGCUCUAACAGGAGCAAUCUGGACUUGAGGCACUUGUUGGUUAAAGACAACAUAGUUGUUCUUCAAGAAAGUAUCACCCAAGAUAGCAAAGCUAAGACCACCCUUGGCAAAGGAAGCGAAACAGGUACUGCCGCUCUUUUCAUACACCAAGUCAGAGGCAGGGAUCUGGAAAGUAGCACCGUUGAUGGUAAACACAAGAGGAGCAAAGUUGGCUGUGUUACAGUUGAUAAGGUAAGUA